UAUCGCGCGACGUUUUUCUGCUGAAGCCGUCAGUCUGUGGGCGAAGGGCAUGAGCGUGCUCACCCUUGUCAAAGCCUCAUAUCGAUCUGCAUUUGCGGCAUUUAAACGUGACUUUCAGCCUUUCGGCUGACUGACGAAGUGUGGGCUCCGUAAAAACCAGGAGUAUCUAGAGGAAUGAGAGAAACGAGAGAAGGAGGCGACUCAGCGAAGGAACAAAAUAUUUGUUGACUUUAAUUCCUUGUUCGGACUUAUUAAUAGUUCUGAUUAUACUUGUUUUUACCGAACCCGUAAAGUCAUGGAUUUGGCAGAUCACUGAGCAGGGACGAUGACAUCGGAGGCUGCGGUCUCCACACGCCCCACCAUGAGCAGCACCCCUUCCAAGGGGGACUACCACUGGGUCCGCUCCUUUGUGGCUGGAGGUGUAGCAGGAUGCUGUGCCAAGACUACCAUCGCUCCUCUGGACAGGGUCAAGAUUCUUCUUCAAGCCCAGAACCCCCAUUAUAAACAUCUGGGAGUAAUUUCCACUCUCAGAGCUGUGCCAAAAAAAGAAGGCAUCCUUGGCUUGUACAAGGGUAAUGGGGCUAUGAUGGUCAGGAUAUUUCCUUACGGAGCCAUCCAGUUCAUGGCCUUUGACAAAUAUAAAAAGCUGCUAAGAAAACAGAUAGGCAUCUCUGGACACAUCCACCGCCUCAUGGCAGGAUCUAUGGCAGGGAUGACUGCAGUGAUAUGCACUUACCCUCUGGAUGUAAUCCGAGCCAGGCUGGCCUUCCAGGUGAAGGGAGAUCAUCGCUACACUGGAAUUGCUAAUGCUUUCCACACCAUCUACCUUAAGGAGGGAGGCGUCUUGGGCUUCUACAGGGGACUUACUCCAACACUUAUAGGAAUGGCGCCUUAUGCAGGUCUGUCUUUCUUCACCUUCGGGACCCUGAAAAGCCUGGGUUUGAAACAUUUCCCAGAGCUGCUUGGACGGCCUUCCUCAGACAACCCCGAUGUGCUCAUUUUGAAAACCCAUGUCAAUCUUCUCUGUGGAGGGGUUGCGGGGGCUAUUGCUCAGACGGCAUCGUACCCUUUGGAUGUGGCUAGAAGAAGAAUGCAGUUAGGCGCUGUGCUUCCUGACUCAGAGAAAUGUGUGUCACUGAUCAAGACACUAAAGUACGUGUAUAAUACGUUUGGGGUGAAGAAAGGAUUGUACCGAGGCCUUUCUCUCAACUACAUCCGCUGUGUCCCCUCCCAGGCCGUGGCCUUUACCACCUAUGAGUUCAUGAAGCAGGUCCUCCACCUGAACUAGUGGCUGUUUUUUGUACCUCCCAGGCUGCACCCAGGCCUUUGUGCUCCUAGACUUAAUGCCAGCCGACUUCAACGCUUCCUUCAUCUGAAGGUUGCUCACUAUGUCUUAAACUCCUGAGUGCAGGAACUGCCUUUUCCUCACUGAAAAAGGGAUUUGAAUAUGAAAUGAAAAAGCAACUCCAUGUCUGUCCUGUUUCAUUCCUUCUUACUUUUUGCUUUCGUAAUUCAACAACUCAUAAUUUUAAUUUCUUCCUUCAUGCUCAUAAAUGGGUGUAACCUG